AUGCUGAGUCACCGGACGCUAUCCCACAGGCAGAGUUCACAGGCAAGGAGACCCCAUUUCUUCAAAGUCAUCCUCGAACCAAGCAUCCGCGAUGGGAAGCUCGAGAUCCCAGUUGAAUUUGUGAGAAAAUUUGGAGGAGAGCUCCCUGAUGUUGCAGUCCUCGAGGUUCCUGGUGGAAGAGAAUGGUCCAUAGAAUUAAAAAAAAUUGAUGGAGCAGUUUGGUUCCACAAUGGUUGGCAGGGAUUCUUGAAGCAUUACAAUAUAUCUGCUGGUCAUUUUCUAGUUUUCAGAUAUGAUGGCAAUUCACAUUUCUUUGUUCUUAUAUUCAAUGAGAAUGCUUGUGAAAUCAAGUAUUUACAUAAUGUUGAUACUCCGGGAGAGUCCAACCUUCUUAAUAAAGGUUCGAUGCUUGAAAGUGGAAAAAGAGGAAGUGGAGUCCAGUUCAGUUUGGGAAAGAGACCUGCAUCAACUUGUGAUAUUGGAUCAACUUCUAAACCUAGUGGGCUUUGUAGAAAGAAUCGAAUGAAAAACAAAGACCAAAGGAAGAUGGAAGAGCUACCUUAUGCGUGUGAACCAAAUCAAGUAAAAAAGGAUAGAAGUAAAGAAGGUGAAGACACAUUCUGUAUGAAACAGGAUGAGCAUAUGCGCAAGCCCUUAGCUGAGAGAACAAGAAGGUCAAAAACAAGACAAGAAAGAGAGAAGGCAAAACUGUAA